AUGAGAUCUGUGGGUGGAACGAGAUUCGGAUUCGAUCUCGAUUAUGAUGAGAAAGAUAGCAGUUACAGCCGAAUUAAAAGCUUAGUUACGGAAGAAUUUAAACAGUAUUUCAGGCCGGAGUUUUUAAACCGAUUGGAUGAUAUGAUAGUGUUUGGACGGUUGACUAAACUGGAAGUCAAAGAAAUAGCUGAUAUAAUGUUGAAGGAAGUAUUUGAACGGUUAAAGGGUAAAGAAAUACAACUUCAGGUGACUGAUAGAUUUAGGGAUAGAGUGGUGGAUGUUGAUUCUGACAGUAACGUGACGGUUUUGAAUGCUAGCGGUGGAGCUCCGCCAGAGUUGUUAUCGGAACCGAUUGCGGUUGUGGACGACGAUGGCUGGAGGUUGGCAGAGAUUGCAGGCGAGAUGGUGGUGAUUCCGAUGAUGGUGUCUAAGGGAAGCGGUGGACGGUGGUUGGGGUGGGAAUGGUGGUUGGAGUAA